ACUCCAGCUAUGACUUCCUAAAUAUCCUGCCGAAGUCAACUUCCACUCCAGCGUGAACAAUUGUAACCAAUGGAGAUUCCAAUCUUUACGGUUGAUGCAUUUACAAAAGUACCUUUCAAGGGUAAUCCUGCAGCAGUUUGUCUUUUAGAGAAUGAGCUGCAAGAUGAUAUUAAACAGAGCAUUGCUGCAGAGAUGAAUUUAUCAGAGACGGCUUUCAUCACAAAACACAUCUCAGUAGACUUUUCCACAGGUUCAAGAUUUGGAUUACGCUGGUUUACCCCAAAAACUGAGAUUGCACUGUGUGGACAUGCUACACUGGCCUCUGCAGCAGUGCUCUUUUACCUUAAAAAAAAUGCCAACCCUGUUGUGGUGUUUGAGACUAUGAGUGGGGAGCUUUAUGUGCGUCAGCAUGAAGACUCAAUAAUAAUGGACUUCCCUUUAAACAAACCACAGCCGCAGGACCAGCGUAAAAUCAAGGGUUUUCUGAAGGCUGUUGUAGGAGAUUUACCCAUUGAGGAUGUGUGCUACAGUCCAGCCCUGAGGUGGCUGAUGAUUCGUCUGGCUGACUCAUGUGACAGGUCUAAAUUCACAUCUUUGAGUCCCGUAGCUGAAGAUCUACUGAAAAGUGAAACUACAUGAGAAAUUAAAUCUGUCAUUGUCACAAUAAAAGGAGCUCCAAAUGCACGGCCUGGAUAUGACUUCUACUCUCGUUUCUUUGCCCCUUGGUAUGGAGUCGCUGAAGAUCCAGUGUGUGGGUCUGCACACACAAUUCUUGCUGGAUACUGGUCUGAAAAGCUGAAUAAAAAGAAAAUGUUGGCCUAUCAGUGCUCCAGUCGAGGAGGGGAACUGGAGCUGGAGGUGAGAGAUGAUGGUCGAGUAAACAUCAGUGGUCGGGCACAAAUCAUUCUUCAGGGAACUCUUAAAGUCUAGUCAAGUCGUGCAAAUCAUUGAAUCUGUUCAUACUUUGUCGAUUAUGAGCCCAGUUUCUUUCUUAAUAAAGAGCUGCAAACUUAUAUUUCAUUCAUUUAUUGAUUACUUGUAUGCCGAAAUGCAAUAAAAUAUUUGAUUUUAGAAUC